AUGUCUCAAAACUGGCUUCUCUGGAAGAGGUCCCUGAUUACGGGCGGCGGGAUUAUUGGAAGCGGUGUGCUGCUCUACAUAUUUACGACGCCCACCGAGGAACAGCUCAUCGCAAAGCUGUCCCCAGAGCUGAGGGCAGACUAUGAACGUAACAAGGAACUGCGGAGGAAGGAACAGGAGAUGCUGAUGGAGAUUGUGAAACAGACGGCGGCGUCGAACGACCCCGUGUGGAAGACAGGGCCGAUCGCAUCGCCAUGGGACCGGGACUUCACGCCAUCAAGAGAGAGUCUCUUGGUGAAGAGAGAGCGAUUUGAGAAAGAGCAGGCCGAAAAAAAACAGCGCGAGGAACUCGAGCGUUUGAAAGCCGAGGCCAGGCUUGUGCAGGCCGACGAGAGCAAAAGCAGCGGGUGGAAGUUUUGGAAGAAAGAUUAG